AUGCCGCCUUCUAGCGGGCACCUGUUGCUCCCCAAGUUCUGGAGGGCAGCUAGGUUUGCCUACGAGAAGGCUUGCAAAGCCAUUAAAGCCAAAUUUCCAGAACAUGUGCAACCAGGAUCCCUUAGGCUCCAACCAGCACAUGCUCGCAUCAAUCGACAGCCCAUCAACCGAAUUGCUGCAAUCCGACAAGCCCGUAGCCGCCAUUUCUCUACGCGGGCAACAGGUUCCUUUGUCUCUUAUAUCCGGUCUAACAUUCAACCCAGCAAUGCUGCUUCUCAGGCGUCUCGUAUUGCAUCCAAUAUCGGCCGUCUCACCAGUCGGGCCCCAUUUGCGUCGGCUCUCCGUCCAAAUCUAACUGGUGGUACUCUGGGUCGCACCGCGGGUGGUUAUACUAUUGGUGCAGGUCGCAUUGGGGGAGCACGAUACUUCUCACAUGGCCCAGCUGCACCCGCCCAGGUCAUCAACAAUGUAUCUGUGGGAAUGCGAGCCUUUUUUCUUUCUGGCCAAAAGGCUCGUUUUGAUGGCGUCGAUCCCAUCACUGGAAACAAGACAUACAAGGCUGUGACUAUGCUCCAGGACCAGGCUGAACGGAAGAUGACGGCAAUCCCCCGCACAGCUCCUGGCUCCUACAUUGAUUUUCAACUCUCUCCUACCAUCACAGCCUUCGGUUUGCAGAAGUUUGAUCCAACUGGUGCUUUCCAGUCCGAGUCGUUGAACUCGGAUGGUCUUCUGGAUCUUCUCUCUGCCGACUUCGCCCGUGCGCUCAAGGAUCUAGCCGCUGUGUUGAAUGACCUUAAACGACUAGCAACUCUUGGUGAUUUGCCCAUUUUGCUUUACGAUAGGUCGACUAUCCGUGUGCGGUUCCCUGGAUGCGAUGCAGGUACUGUAGAGCGGUUGUGUGAUGAAGUCGGGGUUCAGAGGGGUAAGAUUGUUCAAGAUGAAGAUUUCGACAUCCGUGUAGGUGCCGAUAUUGCUCUACUUUACCCUUUUGCACCCAGUGUUCCUCCAUCUCCCGAAAUGGAGGAAUAUUUCUACCGGAAGGAACUUUCAGGGCGAGAGAUGCCGGAGGAAGUUGACUGGCAAGCUAUGAUGUCCCCGGAAAACAAACCUGCAACAUCACCAGGAUCUAGGUGCCUUGGGAAAUCGGGAAAUCAAAUAAGUUUUGAGGAUGUCACGCUUUUUGCAGAGAACCCAUGGAUAUCAUCUUCAUCUGGGUAUUCUAGCAUCAACAUCAGUGAACUUGGUGAUCGUGCACUCUUCCCUGAAAUCUCAAGCGCCGGUUUUCCGGAGAGCUCCUCCGAAUACGAUGGAGUAGAAGGAAUUCAACGAUUUUUGGCGGAGUGUGACCUUGCAGUUCUACACCAUUAG